UGCUUGAGUUGUUACACUCGAUUACAUAACGACAGCAUAUGACUUGACUUAAAGUUGAUACAGAAGAAUGGCGAUCUUUGUGGGUAGACAGAGGGAGUUAGGAGAAUUAAGAGAAUUGUGCUGUUUUUCUGAUUUGAUUGUGAUUCAUGGAUUGAAAGGAAUAGGAAAAUCAUCUUUUGUAAAACAAUUUUGUGAAAAUAUAGAUCAUACUUUUAUCGAUGUUCGGCGGAGAGAGGAACAUCCUUUACAACUGGUUCAAAUGAUAGAAUCAGAAAUGGAAGAUAUCAAAAGAACCAAGAACCGUGAAAUAAAUAAACCAUCAAUUGAUAAUAGCAAUUGGAAAAGCGAUUCAUUAAAUACUAGUAAUGUCCAUUUAGCAUGUACCCGAAGAACAAUUUGUAGAAGAAAGGAAAUCGAAAUUCUGUUAGUAUUAGAUAAUGCAGAAGAAAUAUGUGCUGAUUCAAGAUCCAUUUCCACUUUGACUUCUAUUUCCAAAUUACCAGGCGUGACGAUCUUGAUAACAUCAACAGUCUCUCCUGCCGAGAUGAAUGAACAGUUAACGGAGCUACCUUUAAAACCCUUACCAUACACUGAUGCUCAUGCACUUCUCAGAACUAUUUGUCCUUCUACAGAGGAUAAUUAUUUUAUACCAAAAAUUAUCGAAUUGUGUGAAGGGAUUCCACUUGCUCUUCAGAUAGUAGGAUUAGAAUUACAAAGUGCAUUACUUACACCAGAAGAUUUGGCCAUUCUUCUUACUCACUCAAGACUUAAAGUAUUAAGUCAAGAGUAUUUUCCUAAGGAUGAUCAGAUAGAAUCCACCUACCGAGAAUUUCUAAAUAAGAUAUCUGAACCAUUACAAGAAGCACUAUCAACACUUAAUUAUAUUCCAGGGACGUUUAACGAGUAUGAGGCUUCCAGCAUUUUGGGUGAUAGCAAUGUCAACAUUAAUAAUACUCUACGUAGCUGUACUCAGCAUCAUCUGAUUUUUAAGAGUGAACGUGCUAAUAGAUACGACAUCCAUGGGAUAUUGAGAGAUUGUGUGAAAGAAUUCAUUAAAAUAAAGCAUUUACCAAGGGUACGAAAGAGAUUUUGUGACACUUUUUCAAAGAUUUUACAAGAGAUUGAAUCAAGAUCCAGCACUGAAGAUUACUGUUGGGCUAUGAGUCAGUUUAGUGUAGAAUAUGGUAAUAUCUGGAAGCUAUUCAAAGAGGUGAUCCAUUGUACAUCGGACUAUUAUCACGUGUUUGUAGAAUUAGCCACCACGCUUACCAUAGGGAGGGUCCUGUUGAAAACAAUGACAUUAUAUCAAGCAAUGAUUGAAUUUUUUGGCCAUUGUCUGGAAAGAACCAGGUUGUUUGGACAAGAACUAGAUGAAUCUAGAGUACUAUCAGGAUAUGGACGAGUUCUAACAAAUAUUACGGGAGACCUAACUGAAGGUGCUGAGAUGUAUCAGCGAGCAUUAGAUAAAAGGAAACGUUAUCCCAAAACUCGUGAUUAUCAUCUGGCCUUUCUUCUUCAGAGCUAUGGAUGGAAUCUCGGAAUGCAAGGAAAAUACAAGGCUGCUUUAAAGUACCUAAGAGAGGCCUAUUGUGUUGAACAAGAUCUAGGAAUGUACUCUGAAAGAUUAAUUUUACAGACCCUACAAUCUUUGGCCUUGUUCUACAUUUUUUCAGACGAUAUAGAAAAGGGUGAACAAUUUCAGGUUGAAUGUUACAAAAGAAGAUUAAAAGCCAUUGGUACUAAAAAUCACCCAAUAAUGGGGUCUACACUAAACAAUAUGGGCUGUAUGUUCUUAAGAAAGGGUGACAUUAAUACAGCACUCGACUAUCAACGACAAGGUCUAGAAAUAAAGAUAUCAACAGGAGCUCCAGUGAAAGACAUAGCUCUCUCUGAAAGAGAUCUUGCGGAGACUAUUUUAGCAAAAGGAGACUAUAGUGAAGCCAUUACACUGUUGGAUCAAGCGCUAACUCGUCUACAAGGAUUUCCCGGGCUUUUUGAUGACGUCAAGGUCUUGUUAUUAAAAACAAAAGGGAAAUGUUAUUUCAAAGCACAUGAAUAUUUUGAAGCAAGUAAACAUUUACGAAGGGCCAUCGACCUUAAAUUGAAAACAUGCGAAGAUGAUAGUUUUAUGGUGAAAUUAUAUUGUUUAUACGCAGACGUUCUCCUAGCUCUCGGAGAGAAUGGAAAGGUAGUCAAAAUAUUGAAGAAGGCUCUUCUUCGAAAAGACAAUUUCAUUCAACAGACAUCUACAAAUCAAAGUUUAUACCAUUCAUACAGAAUUUUACUCGAAGCCCAUUUUUCUUUAAGGAACAGAGAGGAACUAUUUAGAACAUAUGGCGAAGGAUGUUCUGAAUUGCAAAGACUGAUUAAAGUUUUUGAAAAUGUUCCAAAUUUUUAUAGGCGAACAGAUAUGUCAGAAAAUUUUCUCAAAUUUAAAGAAAGAUUUGAAGAAAUGAAAAGAUUUUUAGAUUUAAAUCACACAUUAAACGUACACAGUACCUAUACAAAAAGAUAA